AAAAAUAUUUUAGAAAGUAGUAUAUGCUAUGUAGAUCAAUAAGGUCGAUCAUAAAAUUGACUUGAAUAAUUAAUAUUAGCAUAUCAUACAUAUCGGAGGAAAUGCUUACAAGGUAUCUCUGGUACAAAGAUAAAUAUUGUCAUUGUGGUGCAAAGUAAAAUUCUAUACAGCGACUGAUAUUAUUUAAAUAUUUCGAAUUUAAACAAUUUUGAACGUAUCCGGUAAUAUUUCCGGGAAUCAUCGUUAUCAUCUAAUCUCGUCAUGUAACAUAAUAAAAUCAUACGUUCUUUACGUAGUUAGAUUAUCAAUCACGCGAUUGUUACGAAACCAUACAAGAAUGGAUUCCCACACGAGUUGUGAUAUGUGUAAUGCUAUUCAUCAACUGUUGGACCAGUUACAUGUUACGAUUACAAAUGCCAAUUUUGGCAGUGCCAAUGAUCAUCAGCCAAUCUGAGAACAGCACUUCUGGUGCUUGCGUACAAGACGACGAUAGUUCCAACAGAAAACGGCGAUUUCUGGAUGACGAUAAUUAUCUCUAUACAUGGAUUACCAAUGAGAAAGAUUCCAUACACCUUAAACGAUUAUCCAGGGCAUCUGAUAAUAAAGCUCUGGAAAUUGAACCUAGAGCAUAUUUGUUCUCAGGGGAGCCUUUCGACUGGUCGCCAGAGGUCAGGGGUCAACUAAUAGCAGCGUACAGUUAUGGAAAUGUUCCCGGUAAUUUCAUCGGUGGUAUUAUGGCACUAAAAUUAGGGCCCAAGAGGGCUGUUCUAUGGACCGCGCUGUUGGCCGCUUUAAUCUCUCUAAUCACUCCUCUUCUGGCGCAUGCUCAUUGGGGAGUUUUACUGAUGUCACGGGUGAUCAUAGGCUUUACGGGAGGUGUGACUUUUCCUGCGUGUCACACGAUGGUAGCAAAAUGGGCUCCGCCUGAUGAAAAACAGCGUUUCAUUUGGUCUUUGCUUGGAGGUACUUUUGGCACGAUGCUUACCUACCCCAUGAUUGCUGGUAUAGCAGGUGAUAUCAAUUGGGAAAUGGGAUGGUAUUUGCCAUCAUUAUUGAUGUUUGUCUGGAUUGGUUUUUGGGCAUUACUAGCGUAUGAUACACCAAAUGAACAUCCAGGUAUUUCGACCAAAGAGAAGGAAUAUAUAUUAAAUUCUCAAAUGGGAAUAGUGCGACAGGAAAAACCAACUUUAAAGCAAACACCCGUAAAGCAGAUAUUCACAUCAAUUCCAUUUUGGAGUCUAAUAAUGUGCCACUUUGGAAAUCUUUUCCUACUAUUCUUUUAUCAAAAUGCGAUGAUGCUCUAUUUGACAAAAGCUCUGGGUUUUAAACUUGCAAAAGGUGGUGCUAUAGCAUCUUUGCCAUGGGCUGGUCGAAUGUUAUUUGGCUUUUUCUUCAGUUGGGCUGGCGAUACAAUAAAAAAACGUAAACUCAUCUCUAUCACAGCAUUGAGAAAAGGAGCAACUAUAUUUUCCCAUCUAAUACCCGGUAUUUGCCUUAUUGCGGUUGGCUAUUUGGGCUGCUCCUUUGUUUGGGCAAAUUUCUUUUUGGUUCUUGCGCUUGGAUUUAAUGGUGCUGCCAGUAUUUCGAAUCUUUCGAAUAAUCAAGACCUGUCGCCAAAUUUUGCUGGUUUUCUUUACGGAAUCAUGAACACGAUAGGCUGUACCACUGGAAUGAUAAUUCCACCUAUGGUAGAAGCCAUCGCUGGCAGAUACGGAAAUCCCAUUAAUAAGUGGCAAAUACUUUUCUGGAUUGGUGCAGCGGUGUGUAUACUAUGCAUGCUUAUUUUUAUACUUGGAGGAAGUGGUCAAGUUCAAAGUUGGAACGAAAUUGCACCAGCAAAACGCACAGACACUGAGGUUGAAGCUGGUGCCGAGACAACUACACCGACAGGGACGAAAGUACAACCAUCUGACAUUAAGACAUAGGCGACAAAAUAGAGAAUACUAUGUUUGUUUACCCUAAAGGAAUAAAUUAUAUCUUGCAUGUUUUUUAAA